CAGAUGUCCACGGUAUAAAGAAGACCUCCCAUGGCCUCCAGCUCCAUCUCCUGCCUUCCUGCACCACCAAUGGACCCGUGGGGAACGCAAUGAUAGCGAAUCCUCAACGUCGACUCAAUCGUAACGUCGUAACGUUGUCGGAAACGCUUCAUGAAACCACUGACUUGUCAUCAUGCGCGUCGUCUCAUCCAUCGUGGUCGCCGCAGCACUAGUGCUUGCAAUACUGCUCGAACAUCAUGAGGUGAACGCACUUGCGAUGUCCUACGACGCUCCACAGAAAAGAGCCAAGCCGAAAUCUAAACCUGCCCCGAAGCCUGCCCCAAAGCCGGUACCUAAACCGGCCUCCAAACCGGCUCCAAAGCCAGCCUCCAAGCCCGCACCCGGCACCCCCGCCGCUCGUCCACCGACGGCCAGACCCGUGCCAGCUCCGGCCACGCGACCCCCGACACCAAAGCCAAAGGCCACACCGCCUCCCAAGUACGUGUAUGUGUCGCCGCGCGUGGCGCCGCGACCGCGCACCGUCGUAGCCGUGUACACUCGUCGGUCGUACUGGGCAACCAACGCAUGCAGCUAUGGGAGAUGUCAAGCGGACUUUGAUAACUGCAUGACUGUGUUUGACGGGUGCGCGUGCUUCCCGGGCUUGCUCUCGUGCGCAAAGCAGAACUGCGCGGCCGAGUUUAAUGCCGCUGCGACAGAGUGCCAAGCGGCCAAGACUCAAGUCACAGGGUGCGUGCUCACGUGCAGCGCGGGCGCGUAUCCUUCGACCUAUGCUGAUGCGACGGAGUACAGUCUGUGGACCGCCGUGACAAUCCAAGGGGCGUCGGCCGCGUCGUUCCAAGGGUCCGAGUACGACUUCGCCGCCGCCGUCGCCAACAUCACGUCGGAUGACUUUCUCAGCGUCACCACGGACAUGGUUUACAUCGCAUCUGUCAAAGAUUUGGUCGCGGGAAGCUCGCGCCAGUUGGAGUCCCUUGUCGUGUCGUUGGAUGUACAGGGCAACGUUGAGCAGAGGCAGCAGCAUGAGCAUCGGCACUUGGCCGACGGGACAACGCUGCUGGCUGUGGAGUUUGUCGUGCUGUUUGACACAUAUGACGAUCUGAACGGAACCGCCGCGUACUUUGGCAGCCUCAUGGACGUGACUGCCGCGGCCGACAACGACCUGGCCGUCGCCCUUGUGGCACGCGGCGUGCUGUUCAACGAGUCGCAGCUGACAAUCGAGUCUGUGCGGACCAUGGUGACGCCGAUUUUCACCAGCCAUGCACGGAACCGAGCCUUUCACGUGGGAACGUUCACAAUGUUACUGGUCACGGUGGCGUGGACAUUGGACCCGACGUAAACUUGUCCAAUAUAACAGUCGAUUGGUUUUUAUUACUACAGUAGAAGUAAUGUUAUUUAUGCGCUGCGGUUGUCCAAUUUAAAUAGUCUCCAACC